AUGGAUGUCGAAGGCUUCCCAGAUCACCCGGUUUUCAGACAUCUUAUCAAGAAUGUGCCUUUGAACGAUGGCACUAUUAUACAUGACCCUAACCAUGGCAUCAUGGCUAACUAUGAUCGUUUUCUAAACGAUGUCCUCGAACUCCGACGUACCAUCCGUCAGCAGAUUCCAAAUCUUCUCGAUUCUAAUGGCAUCGUGCGUGACGACGGAGUAUACAUCUGCACCCUUGCGCCGGCGAGCUACGAGUUUUUUGUAGCUUGCUUCGCUAUCUGGGCGGUCGGGGCUGCAUUGUCGCCACUGGGUAUACCUUCUCACUCUAAUGAAUUAGAAGGUACCGCUGCCUCCGAAAUUCAGCGACAUAUGAAGAACCAAACCGGAAACGCGAUCAAUACAAUCGGUGUUGACCUCACUGUUCCGAUUCCACUCACAAAAUCCAAUUAUCACAUUGAUGAGCGUGCGGUACUUUCACCAGAUCGACCAUUUAUUCUUAUACUUACAUCGGGUACCACUGGACCCCCUAAAGGAGUUGUGCGUAAAAUGCCCGCGCUGGACCUUCGUGGUAUGUUGAGGGGUACAAAUGAAGAUCUCGCCCUGUGUCAUCGUGCCGUUCACUGGGGAUUUGGAGUCGGCCCUCCCGUAGCUAUGAUUAUGAAUGGGCUGUCCAUUUAUAUUGUCGAUGCAGACCCUAGCCCGGAACAGAUCUGGAACGUCAUUCGCGAGAAGAAACUAACCAUGGCAUAUGCCACAAAUUUGAUGUUCCUUCGUCUGAUGCAAUACUACAAUGAGAAUCUGGCCGGGCUGGAAGCUGAUAAGGUCGAAGAGUACAAAGAAGGAGCGAGGAAGCUCAGGUAUGUUGCCUGUGGUGGUGCGGUACCCAUGCCCUCCGUAGGGCAGUUUUGGAAAGACAUGCGUGGCGGUGACCCUAUCACCAUUCUCUUUGGAACAUCCGAAGCGGGUGGAGGGCUGGGCACGACUCCGGAAGGCUACGAUGUCACGAAGCGUGUUAUUGGCAAACCAUUGCCCGGUGUCCAGUUGAAGCUUUCGGAAGGUGACCAUGGCGAAUUGCUGAUUAAAAGUAAUGACCUGUUUGUUGGCUAUCUCGGUGACGAGAUCGCUACGAAGAACGCACUAGAUGCGAAUGGAUUCUACAAAACAGGAGACUUAGUGCACAUAGGGGAAGAUGGAAACUAUGUUAUCGAUGGUCGAGUUAAAGAGGACUUUGUUCUCUCGAGAUCUCUCAAAGUGGGGACUCUUGAACUCGAAGAUAGGUUGGCAGAACUUCCUUACACCUCGGAAGCGUCCGUUGUUGCUGUUCCAGACAUGGAGGUCUUGAACAGGGUAGCUGUUGUUGCACGCAUUAAGCCUUCAUUCCAAGGCGAAAGCACCAAUGGCACAGACCAGGGUGGAAUGCCUACGGACAUGCUAUUUAAAAUAAGACGGAACCUUACGGAGUUGAAUGUUGCUCUGUAUAAGCUCCCCACCCUUCUACGUAUUCUCCAAGACGACGAGAUCAUUCCACGCACAACUACCGAUAAGGUUAUUCGGAAGAAAGUUAUACAAGCGUUCUUCCCACAGUCUGCUGACUGCAAGGUAGAGGAUUUACCCAAGGAGGUGCUCGUUUGGGAUUUGAAGAAUGACAAAGAAGCUGAUUCAACUGGGUUGUGGGACUGGGCUGCGUCCCGGGAAUGA